AUGGCUUCAGAGACGCAGGAGACGCAGCAGAAGCAGACCCCGUUUGACGCCAAGAGUGUAGCCAUGAAGAGCAGCGCAGACGGUGUCAGUAGCCGCACCAGCCGCCCGAGAGCUGCAGCUGCAGCGGCGAAUGCCGAGAUGGCGAAGCAGGUCAAAGGCGAGGAAACAACAUUGAGCGUCGUGUUUGCCAAGGCCGCGAGCGAUGCAGCAGCCAGCAAACCCCCACAACAACGUGCCCCAGCGGACCAUGCAGCCAAGACUCAAGAUGUAGCUAUGUUACCUGAUGAUGCUGACGAUGUAGCCAUCAUGAAGGAAGAGCAGCCUCCAGCCGAGGAAGGCAGAAGGAGGCCGUCCAGAGCUGCAGCCGCUGCUGCGAACGCCGGAAUGGCUCGACAAGGUAAAGAGGAAGAAGGUUCGCUGGGCAUGCUCUUGGCUUCAGCCCAGGUGCGACCCAUGGAGCAGGAGCAGGAGGUGGUGGAGUCCAAGCCUACAAGGCCUCGAGUGGCGGCAACGACAGCGGGCAGCAAGAAAGUGGCGCAAGACACGCUGGAGCUCGCCAGCGCUGAGCAGCAGCCGCAGCGGGGCAAGAAACGACGCCAAGCGCCCGUGUUCGAAGCUGCGCCGAUCAUCACGGACCUGCCGCCGCUGCCGUUCACGACCCCCAGUCCCGAGCUGAAGCUGAAGAACAAGAGCAAGAACAAGAACAAGCACGCGGCUGCAACCACAAAGACCAAGGCCAAGCAGUCCGUGGAGGAGGCGGCAGGAGACGACGCCCGUCACUGCGAGUUCUGCAGGAAGGCGGCGAAUGUGUGCGUGCUGAUGCACUGCCACGCGUGUCGACGGGUGUACCACGUCAAGUGCUUCUGGCACGCGUUCAAGCCGUACGUGGAUGCGAAGGUGUCGAUUCUGGACCAGCUGAAGCGUCUGCAGCUUGAGGCACCCGAGCGUCGUGGCAACAUCUUCCGGUGUGCGUCGUGCAGAGCUGCGUUUGUGGAUUUCUGUGAGAGCGGCGGGUAUCUCUGGGAGUGUGACUGUCCGACGUGCGCGCAGCCGGAGAAGGCGAUUUACUACCGGCAGCGGAAACUGGUGCAGAUGAUGAACGAUAUGGAACUAGAGAAGCAGCGCAAGAAGGACCAGAAGGACAAGACCAAGAAGAGCGGCGCUGCAAAGCCACCGACCUCGACACCGAGCCGCUCAAACUCGACGUCACGCAGUCAACGUACACGAAGAGGCAGCGCAGCGCUCGAUGAUGGAGUGCUUAACGCGCGGACAACCAAGCCUUCAACAUCGCGGAGCGUGCCACCUGAAGGUCUUGAUAAAGAUGCAGUAAAAGCGGGAAGUGAAGCCAAGGCGGUGCCGAUGGACGUGGACGCCGGGGCUGACACCCAACCUGGUUCAGGUGAGCCAGGAAGUGCUGAGAAGACUACACAUGGACCGGAAAUGGAGCAACAUGUCAGCACGGUAGCGGAGCGACAACAGGAGUCGCACCCAGCAGAAGCUGCCACGCAGCAUCAAGAGACCAAGACCCAGCCAGAGCUGCAGCAACUAGCACAAUAUGCUGCUGCUGUCAAGAAGGAACAAGCAGAGCUUCAGGCAAACCAGGAGCUGGUCCCCGCGAAAGCAGGAAGAACAGUCCGUGAAGUGCGCGUACAUCACGAAACGAAGACUGAGCGCUGGUGCUUCCCGAUCGUGUGCUCUCGGACAACGAGUCUUCGAGUGUCGGGUAUGAUGAAGUUGGGGACGUGCAAGUGGCCGCUCAAGAAGAGAGCCGUCAUUCAGUGCGCGUGCUGCGAUAAGCUGUUCGGAUACCCCGAGUUCGUGCACCACACAGACAGCAGCUUGGCCAAGGACGCGAAGUGUGCGACGGAAGACCCGAUGCCGUACCUAUUCGUCGAACACCGGGAUACCACGCUCCACACACCACUCGACGAUUUCCUGCCUGCUCUUAGGAGUUGGGCUGGUCGUCAGAGCGCGAAUAACCCGCCCACCAAUUCGCGCAGAGGGCACGCGUUGAGGCGAGAGGCAGCCGCAGCGCGCCCCAAGCCCCGGAGUGACAAGACUUCGACUGCGGCGCGAUUGUCGGACCCGCCAAGUUUGGACUUUUUGGCGCUGGUGGUGUGUCUGUCGCCCAAGUACGUGAUGAACAUGUCGAACGGCAGUCUUGUAGACCGCGUGGUGAGGUCGAACACUUCGGUGCCCGACCACUCGUUCCCGCGCAAGUCUGGAUGGCUGGCCUUCAAUUGGACGGUGACCUUGUCGCGCCAAGUCACGUGCACCUGCUGUGAAAAGUCGUACACUUUUGAAUCAUUCGUGGAGCACGCUGGCAUUUCCCUGAUCGAGCUGAAGCAGAAGUCCCGCCAGGUGUUGUAUGUCGUGGAGCGGACGGACGAGUCCGCACUGGUGCCGUACAACUCGUUCGCGACGGAUCUGGAGACAAGGCCAACGGGCUGGAUUCGAUCCUGGACGAGCUCCACCCGCCGCCUCCAUCCCCUCGACCUAUAUAACAACAAGAAGGGUUCAUGCGUUCGAGUAUGA